UUUUCGAUUAGUUUUUGCAAAAUCGAAUUGUUCUAGUACACAAUUAGCCUCAAACAUGAAUACACUUCUUCAUAAUUUCGUCUACGACUUCGUUGCCCUUUUUGCAACAGUUUUAAUCGGUGUUCUACUUUACUACAAAUGGAAAUUUACGUAUUGGGCCAAAGUUGGUUUACCUACUCUCGCACCUACAUUUCCUUUUGGGGACGCGAAAGAAGUAAUGCUCGGACGUUUAACUUUCGGUGAGCAAUUUCUAGAAUUCUAUAAAAAAUUCAGAGCAAAUGGAUUUAAACACGGUGGUGUGUAUUUCUGUCUACAACAAUUUUAUGUCCCUGUUGACCCAGAAAUUAUAAAACACAUCAUGCAGAAAGAUUUUCACCACUUCAUGAACCAUGGAAAUUACUUUGAUUCGGAAAAUGACCCUUUAAGUGGCCAUUUAUUCAAUUUAGAAGACAAUAAAUGGAAAAAUAUGCGAGUGAAACUAACUCCGACUUUUACUUCGGGAAAAAUCAAAAUGAUGUUUCAAACCUUGGCUGAUUGUGCCUCUGGUCUUAACACCAUCAUGGAUGAAGCAGCAAAAAAUCAAACAUCGUUGGAUAUCAAAGACAUUUUAGCUCGAUUCACCACCGAUGUGAUCGGUUCAGUUGCAUUUGGCCUCGAAUGCAACAGCCUUAAAGACCCAGACGCCGAGUUCCGAAAAUUCGGAAAACGGAUAUUUCAAAUCGAUGUCCUGGACCGAAUAAAAAUCCUUCUACAACUGAUUUUUCCCCGAAAUGUUUUACAAACCAUGAAGAUGAAAACAACCAAAUCGGAAGUGGAAGAAUUUUUCAUGAAAGCAAUUCGCGACACAGUGAACUACCGCGAAAAAAACAACGUUUAUAGAAAGGACUUUAUGCAUUUACUUAUCCAGCUCAAGAAUCGAGGAGCUGUGACAGACGAUGGUAACAUAACGAGCGACCAGAGCAAAACUGAUAAAGCUUUAUCACUGAAUGAACUCGCUGCCCAAGCGUUUGUAUUUUUUAUCGCCGGAUUUGAAACGUCAUCAACGACCAUGACGUUCGCUUUGUAUGAAAUCGCGAGUAAUCCUCAAGUACAAGAAAAACUAAGAGAAGAAAUUGUCACAACUUUGUCGAAAUACAACGGUGAAUUGAACUAUAAUGCAAUGAUGGAAAUGACUUACAUGGAAAAAGUCAUCUUUGAAACUUUGCGCAAAUAUCCACCUUUGCCACUACUAACCCGUCAAUGUACCAAAGACUACCUUAUACCAAAUACAACAAUUCGGUUAAAAAAAGGCGACAUGGUUGGUAUUGCGGCCCAAGCCCUACAUUACGAUCCUGAAUACCAUCCUGAUCCUGAAAAAUUUGACCCUGAACGAUUUUCCGAAGAAAAUAAGAGCAAACGUCCUGAUUUUACGUGGAUACCGUUUGGUGAAGGACCUCGACUUUGCAUAGGACUACGAUUCGGAAUGCUUCAAAGUAAAGUAGGUCUGACAACUCUUCUCCGUAAUUAUAAAAUUGCUCUGAACAAAAAAACCAAAGUACCGUUGGAAAUGGAUAAAAAAGCUUUCGUUUCAUCGCCCGAGGGUGGUGUCUGGUUAGACGUCGAAAAAUUAGAUUUUUUAAUAACAGUCAUCACUCGCAAAUUCAAGGUGAAUGAGUUAGCGGAGUGUUUUUUUUUGUGCAAAGUUAUAAAUAUUUCUGCAACCAGAAUGACUUUCAUGACAGAAUCCCUAAUUUUUGAUAUCGUUACCAUUAUUUCAACAAUUGUGGUACUGACCAUCGCUUUUUGGAAAUGGAAACUGUCUUAUUGGGACCGUGUAGGACUACCAACUUUAUCACCGAUUCUAUUUUUUGGCGAUACAAAAGAUGUACUAUUGGGACGAUUAACUUUUGGUGAACAGUUCCAAGAACUGUACAAAAAACUUAAAGCAAAGGGACUCAAACAUGGAGGUGUUUACCUUGGAACUCGACCAUUUUACCUUCCGACCGACCCUGAAAUUAUCAAGCAUAUCUGGCAAAAAGAUUUCCAACAUUUCGUUAACCAUGGCAAUUAUUUCGACGAAGAGGCCGAUCCAUUAAGUGGACAUUUGUUCAAUUUAGAAGACGCGAAGUGGAAAAAUAUGAGAGUGAAACUAACACCGACUUUUACUUCGAGAAAAAUGAAGAUGAUGUUCCAGACUUUGGCCGAUUGUACGCACGGCCUUAAGGACAUUAUGGAUGAAGGUGCAUCAAGUGGUAGUCCUGUCGAUAUUAAGGAAAUUCUAGGACGUUUCACAACUGAUAUUAUUGGAUCAGUGGCUUUCGGUCUUGAAUGUAACAGUCUCAAAGACCCAAACACUUUAUUCAGAAUGUACGGAAAAAAGAUUUUUGAACUAAGUACAGGACGCAGACUUCAUCUCUUUCUGCAGUUCAUCUUACCAGAGCGUGUUCUACAUGCAAUGAAAUUCAAAGUAACACCAUCUGAUGUUGAGACGUUUUUCAUGAAAGUUAUUCGAGACACGGUCGGUUAUAGAGAAAAAAAUAACGUGUAUAGAAAGGACUUCUUGCAUAUGCUGAUACAACUGAAAAAUCGUGGCACAGUGACAGAUGAUGAAAAAAUAACGGAAGACAAUGGUAAAACUGGAGAAAAAGCUUUGACAAUGAAUGAACUUGCAGCUCAGUCGUUUGUAUUUUUCGCCGCUGGGUUUGAAACGUCUUCAACAACUGUGACUUUUGCUUUGUUAGAAUUAGCGCUUAAUCAAGACAUUCAACAAAAACUCAGAGAAGAAAUAAACACAUGCCUUGCCAAAUCUAACGGCGAAUUAACUUACCAAGCUAUUAUGGAAAUGACCUACAUGGACAAGGUUUUGCAAGAAACUCUAAGAAAGUAUCCUCCUGUACCAUUUCUAACCCGCCGUUGUACAAAAGACUACACUAUUCCUGAGACUUCCAUCAAACUCCGAAAAGGAGACCAUGUUGGUAUCUCCGUUGUAGGCAUACAAAAUGAUCCUGAGUAUUAUCCUGAUCCUGAAAAAUUCGUCCCGGAACGAUUCAAUGAAGAAAAUAAAAAUUCGAGACAUCCUUUCACGUGGAUGCCUUUCGGUGAAGGACCAAGAAUUUGUAUUGGUUUACGCUUUGGUAUGUUACAAAGUAAGGUCGGACUUGCCGCUCUUUUGAAAAAUUACAAAAUAACGUUAAAUUCGAAGACGAAAAUGCCCAUAGAAAUGGAGAAAUCGUCUUUCAUUACAUCGGUAAACGGAGGUGUGUGGUUGAACGUUGAGAAGCUGAGUUAAAAAAUUAUUAAUACCAAAGAAGAAAUAUACAAUACAUAGUUAUUUAAUUGUGUUCUUUUGACUAUCUAUUUUUAUCCUAACAAUCUGUACCUAAAGCUGAUUUAUCUGUAAAAUAAAGAAAACAAUGAAACUCAA